CUCCCCGCCGAGUUCACCUGGGGCAACGUGAACGGGACGAGCUACCUCACGAUGAGCCGCAACCAGCACAUCCCCCAGUACUGCGGGUCCUGCUGGGCCCACGGCUCCGUGUCGGCGCUCGCGGACCGCGUGAAGAUCGCGCGCAAGGCGCAGGGCGCGGACAUCAACCCGUCCGUGCAGCACAUCCUCAACUGCCACGGCGGCGGGUCCUGCCACGGCGGCGCCGUCGACGGCCCCUACCAGUGGCUCCACAAGCUCUCGAAGAAGGGCGAGGGCAUCUCCUACGAGACGUCGAACCCCUACAUGGCGUGCUCGUCCGAGUCCGAGGACGGCAUCUGCCCCCACGGCGAGUGGACCUGCACGGACAUCAACAUCGCGCGCACGUGCUCGACGUUCCCGUCGUCGGGCGGCACGUGCUCCGAGAUCGCGCAGUACCCGCAGAUCCUCAUCGACGACUACGGGUCCAUCUCCGGCCAGGCCGCGAUGCAGAAGGAGAUCUACGCGCGCGGCCCCAUCGCCUGCGGCAUCGACGCGUCGCCGAUCCUCAACUACACCAAGGGCGUCUUCGUCAAGAAGGGCCUCUUCCAGAUGGUCGACCACGUCAUCUCCGUCGUCGGCUGGGGCGUCGAGGACGGCCAGUCCUACUGGAUCGUCCGCAACUCCUGGGGCGAGUACUGGGGCGAGAUGGGCUACAUCCGCGUCGGCUUCGGCAGCCUCAAGGUCGAGAGCCAGUGCGCCUGGGCCACGGUCAAGGACUACACGGCGCCGGAGAAGCUCAACCAGGUCCACUGCUACGAGGGCGGCGAGAACUGCCAG